AUGGUAGCGGGCGGCGCACAGGCAAUUCCGAUGCAGCCGGACCCCCGCCAGCGCGGGAAGGUCAAGCUGGAUGCGCUGCGAGGCGGUGUAGUGAACGUGUCGAGCCGCAUCCAGAUCCACCACCUCCUUGCGCUUCUCCUGACCAAGACCCUCGUCGCGUCGUCGGCGUGGCUUACUCGGCAAUGGCUGCUUGUGCCCCAGUUUGAUCUCGAGACAUUUCAGCUGCAGAUGCGUGAUAUGCUUGGUGCAGACUCACUCGCAUCACAGGGCGCCGCUGCCGCAGCUACAAAACUCGCCGUACAUACCCCGGCCAGCGUAUGGGCCGUAGCGACGAUGGCGACGUCGCUCGCAUCCCUGAUUCUCAUGGGCGUGUUCCGCGCAUGGCGCUGGAAAAUAACAUGGGGCGAAGGCACCGCGCGGCGCCUGGCGCUGCUCGCCGUGCUCGUAUUUGUACAGCUGCUCCUCUGGCUCGUUGCGCUCCGCCAUUUGGGUGCGACGGUCGUGUUGAUCUUUACACAGUUCUGCGAGGUAUGGGUACGCGACUUGCAAAUCGGAUGGAAGAGCAAGACAUCGGGGAGCCUCCCGGUGCUGGCGGCCCUCGGCCUCACGUUUUUCUUCUCGGUCAUGACCGGCUCCGCCGUGACGAUCCGCCAUCCGUUUGGCGACGUGCUCGACGAGUCGGCGAAGCAGGCCCUGCACAUCACAUCGCGCCUGCAAGAUUCGGUCUCGUUCGGCAAUCUGCUCAAGGGGUACCUGUCGCUCCUCGCCUAUGCUGUGCUCACAAUCGAAUCGGGACGCAUAUCGUUCAACGUCGCCAAGGACACGGGCGGCCGCCGACGUGCACUUAUUCUCGCGGUCGGCAUUGCAGCCGUCGUCGCGCUUCCGCUCUCGUCGGUCGGUGCGUUUUUCGGCUACAAUAUGCUGCCCGCGCCGCUUGUGCCCGGCCGCCAGCUCACCCCGCAAGACGCAUUUGAAAUUAGCCACUUGGUCGCUUACUGGGUGCUGGCCAUCGGUCUGCUGGUGUGCGACCCGCUCGUCACGCUCACGCUCGAGUCGUACGUGACGCUCCACGCGCACAUGGCGCAUGCCUGGCCGAUGGUCGUCGUCGCCUCGAUCGCGAUUGGCUUUGGCGUGUUUAGCAUCAAUGUCUCCCUGGUCCAGCUUGUGGCCGCUGUGUGCGUCGGUUUUGCGCUGCAUACCGUGCUGAAGCGCUCGCCGCUGUACCUCACGUCCUGGUACCGGAACCGCGCCUAUUCUACGACGCUCGACGAGCAGCGUAUGGCGACGGCCGUGCCGGGUUCAGAUUCAACGGCGAUCUCGGAGGCCGUGCAUCUCUUAUACCACACCCUGGUCCAGCUGCGGUGGAUGAUCACGCAGAUUCUGGCAAACAACAACUCGCGUCGCAUCUUCUUGUUCCUAUGCUUGAACCUAGCUUUUAUGGGCGUCCAAAUGCUCUGGGGCGUGUGGACCAACUCGCUGGGCUUGAUCAGCGAUGCGAUCCACAUGUUCUUUGAUUGUGCUGCGAUCUUUAUGGGCCUUGUGGCGAGCGUCAUGGCCGAGUGGAAGACCGACGACAAAUUUCACUUUGGGUACAAGCGUGUCGAGACCCUCUCGGGCUUUGCCAACGGCAUCUUUUUGGUGCUCAUCAGUGUUUUUAUUCUGUUCGAAGCCGUGCAGCGCAUCAUUGAGCCGCCUGUUAUGAACAACAUGAUGCAGCUCUUGAUUGUGAGCACGCUGGGGUUAUUGGUCAACCUAUUUGGCAUGUUUGCCAUGGGCCUCUACUUGCACGUCAUGGCCGACACGCUCGGAUCUGUCGGUGUCAUUAUCAGCACGAUUCUGAUCCACUACUUCCACUGGACUGGCUUUGACCCGAUCGCCUCGCUUCUGAUCGGCCUCAUGAUCCUCGGCUCGGUGAUUCCGCUGGUGAUUGACUCGGGUCGGAUCCUCUGCCUGGAUCUCGGUGCGAGCGAUACGAGCGCCAUCGAGCAUGCCUUGGCACAGGUGCAGGCCCUGCCUGGCGUCCAGAGUUACUCGGCCGCGCGCUUCUGGCCUUUGGAUGGAGCAUCCUUGAUUGGCUCAAUUCUGCUCUUGAAAACGUUCCACCAUGGCGACGCACACGUCAACGAAGUGCUGUUCGACGCCCCCUGUGCAGUCCAAGUAGUAGGUAUCACUGGCUUAUCCGGCACAUCCAAAGGCCGUAUCGAGACGAUUGGCGGCGUGUCUUCGUAUGUCGUCGGCAGCGCGGCUUCGCCCACGGCGAUCGUGGCCAUUUACGAUAUCUUUGGCUUCUGGUCGUCGACCGAGCAGGGCGCUGAUAUCCUUGCGGAAGCCACAGGCGCUCGUGUCGUAAUGCCUGACCUCUUUGAAGGCAAGCCGCUAGGCAUCGACGUCAUUCCGCCCGACACGCCCGAAAAGAAGCAGAUGAUGCAGGACUUCUUUGCCGGCAUCGGCAACACGACACAGUACGGCGACAAGCUCUUGACCAUUGCCAAGGACCUAAAGGCGCAUGGCGUGUCCAAGCUAGGCCUCUACGGUCUAUGCUGGGGCUCGAAGGCGGCAGUUCCUGCGUGUGGCCCCAGCACGCCUUAUGAUGCAUAUGUGCAGAUCCAUCCCUCGUUCGUGGAUUCAGAGGACGCGAACAAAAUCAGCAUUCCUUUUGCCUCGUUCACAUCCAAGGACGAAUCGGGCGAAGCAGUCGACGCAUUCCUUAAGAACGCUGCGACGAACCCCGCCAACCAGGGCAAGUUUGUGCACCACCACUAUCCCGACAACCACCAUGGAUUUGCUGCAGCGCGUGCGAAUCUCGAUGACGCCUCGAACGCCGCCUCAUUCCAGGACGUCUACCAGCGCACCGCGUCCUUCUUCAUGCAGCACCUCAAAUAG